AUGAUUAGUUGCAGAGCUGAUGAGGUGGACACGACUUUAGGGUUCACAGACCUACCAUUCAACACUUCCUACUACCAUCUCCACAAGCCAUACGACCUGCCGGAGACCCAACGCUACAGCUUCGCCGGGGGAGUCCACCGGCUCUGGGUCUACGCCACCGACAAGCCGUACCGCAGAGGCAGCCCUACCAAGCCAAGAACGGAGCUCAUGAUCAGUGGUUAUACCUAUAGUUCGGGUAUUUGGCAGUUUGAAGGGCAGGGCUACGUGCCCAAGGGCACGAACGGGGUGUGCAUAAUGCAAGUGUUCGGAGCUACUAGACGUGCAACGAGCUUGAUGCUCAGAGUGUACAAUGGCUCCUUGAUGUACUACCAAAGGGCGCUGCUGCUGUCUUCCUCGCUGUUGGUAAUGGCUGAUCCCACGGAAGGGUUCGUCGCGCUUCCACUCACGGCAUCAGAUAUGAAGGUUCAGUGGCCGUACGAUCUGAAGAAGGAGGAGCGUUACAGCUUCGAAAAUGGCGUUCAUACGCUUAGGGUUUUCUCAACGGACAAGCCGCUCAAAAUUGGCAGCCCCACCAGGCCACGCACCGAAAUUCGCAUACUUGGACACGAUUACUCGUCGGGAGUGUGGCAGUUUGAAGGACAAGCAUACGUGCCGAGCGGCACUUCCGGCGUCUGCAUAACGCAAGUGUUCGGAGCUAGCAAUCAGUCGACGACCCUGGCCGUUCGAGUUCACGGCGGUAACCUCACCGCCUACAGCACCGUCAUCGUGCCCGGCAUCUCCGACAGAUGGUUUAGGCUGAACGUGAUUCACGACGUCGGAGCCGGGAAAGUUUUCGUUCACGUUGACGGAGCUCUUGUUUAUGAAGGAGCGGAUCAUGGAGGGAGCUCUCAUUACUUCAAGUGUGGAGUUUACGCUCAGAAGGAUAUGUCCAGCUAUAUGGAGUCGCGGUGGAAAGAAAUCCAGAUAUUCAACAAAAAUUAG